GAAGGGGGAACAAUCUCUCGCUGUGAUUUCUGUCCCAUAAGCUAUAUUUGCGUUGGUGGACUGUUUAUUGUUUAAUAGUCAGCACGUUGUCCUCGCCGAGGUCAUCUUUUCUUAGUGAUUGUCCCAGUGAAUGAAGAGGGCGAUUGCAGUGACGUGAACAGCACAGCUGAUCUGGCGAUAACGAGGCAGACAGGCAGUCCGCUAUUUGUGCCGGGGAUGUUUUUGUGAUGUUACCAAGCCAAAGAUGCACAAAGAAAGAGAAACGAGGAUGAAACCAACAUGAUUAGCACCGAUGGCCUCUCUAAAUGCGAGGCGACCUGGCGUGAGACUGGGAAAAGGCCACAGGCGGAGAUGCUGCACCUUCUGUCCGCUGUCAUUGUCUGGCUUGUGACGGGGACGACCAUCUCCAGUCUUAACAAAUGGAUUUUUGCAGUGUACAACUUCAGGUACCCCUUACUGCUGUCGGCCCUGCACAUGUUGACAGCGAUAGUGGUGGACUAUGGGCUUAUUAAACUGCGAAUGCUCCAGCACAAAGGUGGGGUUGACAAGCAGAAGGACCUUACCACCAGCGCCAAAUGCAAGGUGUUUCUAUUGAGCUUGACAUUUUGUGCCAGCAUCGCGUUUGGCAACGUGGGUCUGAACUAUGUCCAGCUGUCAUUUGCCCAAAUGAUCUACACCACCACGCCAAUCUUCACCCUGGCCAUCUCCACCCUGAUCCUGGGCAAGCAACACCACAUCCUCAAAUACACAGCCAUGAUGCCCAUCUGUCUGGGAGCCUCGUUCAGCAUUAUGGGUGAGGUCCAGUACGACCAGACAGGCUGCUUCUUCGUAUUCGCCGCGACAAUGUUGAGAGGUGUCAAAACAAUCCAGCAAAGUAUGUUGCUCCAGGAGGAGAAGAUCAACUCUGUGUUCCUGCUGUACCUGAUGUCUAUCCCCAGUUUCUGCAUCCUGGCCGUAGCUGCUCUGGCCCUGGAAAACUGGGCCGUGCUGGAGUCUCCAAUGCACUACGACCACAACCUGUGGCUCUUCAUCCUGCUCAGCUGCCUUGGCUCUGUCAUGUACAACCUGGCCAGCUGCUGCGUCAUCACCCUCACCUCUGCCGUCACCCUGCACAUCCUAGGCAACCUGAGCGUGGUGGGCAACCUGCUGCUCUCCCAGCUGCUGUUUGGCAACGAGAUGUCAGCGCUCAGCUGCGCUGGUGUGGCGCUCACGCUCUCUGGCAUGCUCAUCUACCAGAACUCUGAGUUCAUCUCUGACUACCUGGAUGCACGGCGAGCCAAAGCCAGGGAGCUCAGCCGAGGGAGGGAGGAGGAUAUUGCUGGCCCAUUCCAACCGGCCCCCCAAGACCAGCAGGAGAGGGUAGACGCCGACGGCAAGCGAGAGGACAAGAUGGACUGAGAGAGAGAGAGAGAGAGAGAGAGAGAGAGAGAGAGAGAGAGAGAGAGAGAGAGAGAGAGAGAGAGAGAGAAUAGGACUUUCUGUCCUUAGGGUUAGUUAAGUCAGGUGGUUCUGUGGAGAGGUUCAGGCAAUGGGCUGUGACCUCAUGAGGUCAUAGUUGAUGAUGACGACAUGAGUGACAGAACUUGUUUGGUUGGGUCGUUUUUACCUCUUCACUGUGCCAAUGUAUUUAUUUCAGCCAUGAUCUCAUGGAACAGAAGUCAGUCUAGGCCAGCUGACAAAAAAAACAGAUGCCUUUAGGAAAGUGACAGUUGAGUUUGUACUGUUCUAAUACCCAUACAUGCACACAUACUGGUAUGCAUGCAUGUGCACACAAACUAUGUGAUAUAUCUCAUGAGAUAUCGCACAUUGUCACUCACACUACUCCACUGUGAAAAUGUUAUCUUUGAGUGAGUGCUCAAUGGGAUGGUUGGGUGGGAAGGACUAGGAACACUCCUCAUAUGGAUAGGCACAAAUACAUUUUAAAAACAUAUGGGACUAUUACCUCACCUUCCCCAGGUCUCGUAUCAGUGGGAAAGAGGUUUUGUGGCAGCUUUUUAUUUGGGGGAACUUAAAAUGGGGGUUCUGCAUUUGUUAUAGUGCUAUACCUUUUGUCUAGAUGAAGUUUACAAUGGCAGAAACAUGCAAGCUAACAGGUUCGGUAUAUAAUUUCUCCUGUCUGUUUGUAAGCAUGGCGGCCAUUAAGCCACAAUGUUAAUGUACUUUAUAGUGAGGCAUAGAUCUGAGGGGAGCCACUUUGUCCCACUCAACGACCCCUUAUUGAAUUUCCCUUAAUUUCCUCUUAAUAAAAGGAACCUGUUAUAAUCAGUUUAAUAACCUCCAACCUGUACAGCAGUUCUCACUGCAGCAUACCUCUAUUAUUAGGCCUAUCCACUCUCUAAGGAGUCUCACUCAUCUUUAGCACACUCCAUAAAAAGUAUUUCAUCAUCCUCUCCUUACCGCCACUCGAACAGAAAUGUCUUCCCUGCCAGCUCUCAUGUCUCCACUCAGAGGGUGCCACUGUUUUUAACUUUUACGUUUAGUCUUCUUUAUAACUGACCUCUUUGAAAGCUCUUACAUUAUGUUGUGUCCACAGCACUGACAUAUGUCAGAAGUCACUCAGUAAUUGGAGGUCUAGUCAACUGGUCUGCCACUUGGCAAACUAAUGUAUGUUCUGUGACUGGAGGUCUAGCGUAACUCUCAGACUCAGGUGUGAGACUGAAUCUGAUGUAUUUACACCAGGGGAGAAUGAGGGCCCCCUUUCAUUGAAGCCACAACUUUCAAGUCUGACCACGGUACUGCAGGCAUUGUUUGCAGAAAACAGGAUCCUCUAUUAUAGUGAAUGAGAAAAUGGCAAUCUUCGUGGUUAAUCUUUGUGUAAAUAAAUACAUAUUUUGAAGAUGGUACCAAUAAUUGCUUCUAUUACACCAAAUGUAUGUUCUUGAACUGAUUAUUUAAAAAUCGCAAACAAAAUAAGUUAUACGGAUAAUUUAGUUGCUAAUGGUAGCCUGCAGUACCCCCGUCGGCCUUCAAAGUUACUCAAUGAGAGGGGGCAGCACUGAGCUAGCCUGCAACGUCACUUCCUGGAGUAGCUCAAACUGUGCAUCGUAUGUAUCCAUGAGAUGCCAUCUUAACCAACUUCAUUUGGCUUCAAAUGCGCUAUUGAGUCUUCACAUAGGAAUAAAUGGUGUCAUGUGA